CCUCCGCCGUCACGUGAUCCUGCGGCAAGUCAGCUGAUGUGUGAGGUUUUGAAGCGGCGCGGCUUGCCAGCGAGGCCGCAGACCCCGCCCGCGCCGGUAUGGCAGCCCCCGGGGGCCGGCGGUGCUCAGAGACCGAGCGCCUCCUGAGCCCCAACCCUAGCUAUGGGACCCAGGGGGGCCCCUCUCUGGCCCCUCCCACCCCCCUGGAGGAGGAAGACUUACGGAGGCGGCUGAAGUAUUUCUUCAUGAGUCCUUGCGACAAGUUCCGCGCCAAGGGACGUAAGCCCUUCAAGCUGAUGCUCCAGGUGGUGAAAAUCCUGGUGGUCACCGUACAGCUCAUCCUCUUCGGACUCAGCAACCAGCUGGCUGUGACCUUCCGGGAGGAGAACACCGUGGCCUUCCGCCACCUCUUCCUGCUGGGCUACUCGGACGGGGCGGAUGACACGCUGGCCGCCUAUACCCGAGAGCAGCUCUAUCAAUCCAUCUUCUAUGCUGUGGACCAGUACCUUCUGCUCCCUGAAGUGUCCCUGGGCCGUUAUGCCUACGUGCGGGGAGGAGGCGGCCCUUCAGCCAAUGGCUCGGCCCUGGCUCUCUGCCAACGCUACUACUACCACGGCCACGUGGACCCAGCCAAUGACACCUUCGACAUCGACCCCAAGGUGGUCACAGACUGCAUCCUGGUGGACCCCCCGGAGAGACCCCCCGUACCCCCCAGCGAAGAUCUCUUUGUCUUGGACAGCAGUGCUGGUUACAGAAACCUCACACUGAAGUUUCACAAGCUGAUCAAUGUCACCAUUCGCUUCCAGUUGAAGACGAUUAAUCUCCAGAGCCUAAUUAACAACGAGAUUCCUGACUGUUACACCUUUACUGUCCUGAUCACUUUUGACAACAAGGCUCAUAGCGGACGUGUGCCCAUCCAGCUGCAGACUCAGGCCCACAUCCAGGAGUGCAAACACACCAGCGUGUUUGGACAUGGAGACAACAGCUUCCGCCUGCUAUUCGAUAUUCUCGUCAUUCUGAUCUGUUCCUUCUCCUUCCUGCUCUGUGCCCGCUCCCUGCUCCGUGGCUUUCUGCUGCAAAACGAGUUUGUGGGCUUCAUGUGGCGUCAGCGCGGCCACCCCAUUGGCUUGUGGGAGCGUCUGGAGUUUGUCAACGGUUGGUACAUCCUCCUGGUCACCAGCGACAUCCUCACUGUCACGGGGACGGUCAUGAAGAUUGGCAUCGAGGCCAAGAACUUGGCGAGCUACGACGUGUGUAGCAUCCUCUUGGGGACCUCCACGCUGCUGGUGUGGGUAGGCGUCAUCCGCUACCUGACCUUCUUCCAUAAGUAUAAUAUCCUGAUUGCUACACUGCGGGUGGCACUCCCCAGCGUCAUGCGUUUCUGCUGUUGCGUGGCUGUCAUCUACCUGGGUUACUGCUUCUGCGGCUGGAUUGUCCUAGGGCCUUACCACGUCAAGUUCCGCUCACUGUCCAUGGUGUCCGAGUGCCUCUUCUCGCUCAUCAAUGGCGACGACAUGUUCGUGACCUUCGCGGCCAUGCAGGCGCAGCAGGGCCGGAGCGGCCUAGUGUGGCUCUUCUCGCAGCUCUACCUGUACUCCUUCAUCAGCCUCUUCAUCUACAUGGUGCUCAGCCUCUUCAUCGCCCUCAUCACAGGCGCCUACGACACCAUCAAGCACCCCGGCACCGUGGAGCAGAGCGAGCUGCAGGCUUACAUCGCCCAGUGUCAGGACCACCCAACUUCUGGCAAGUUCCGCCGCGGGAGUGGCUCGGCCUGCAGUCUCUUGUGCUGCUGUGGCAGGUUCGACACCCGGCUGGGUGGGGACGGGAGUCCAGGGUCCGAGGACCCCCCCCAUGCCGGGCUGACCGCUCCCUUCUGCAGGGACCCUUCAGAGGAGCCUUCGCUGCUGGUGAAUUAAUUGACUGGUACAGGA